CAUUCCAUGUUUUACUUCAGCCUUUCGACGAAGUAUCCUAAGCAAGUGUGCGCAUUCGGCCAGGAUGAUACGGUAUAGCGGCGCACACACACACAACAGAGACAAACCAGGAAUGGGAAAGAAGCAUUAAAGAGAACGCAUUGAUCUGAAAUUUGGUUGACUGGGUUGCAAGGAGAAUACCGUUAACGCCAUUACCAUUCGCAAUUCAACACUACCAUUUGCCAUGACAACAUCUGAGGGGAUGCUGCGUCUGCACACCGACACAUUUUCAGCAGAGGGUUCCUAGGAACCUCCAUGCGCAAGAAGCAUAGGGUAUUCCAUGCGUUUAUUACCGUCAUUGAACUGCUUAAUUUAUCCAGUCUUUUAGACUACACUUACUAUGGAUACGGAGCGUAUCAGCGUUGGAUUUAUCUCGCUGUUGUGAUUGAAAGAAAUUGCGGCAUAAGAUUCGUGCAAGGUAUAGAAUCACAUUGUAAGGGGCGAUCUAGGAGGCGUUCAGAGACAGACUUUAGAGUCUGAAAAGAUUGAAGAUGUAUGUUCAUGAAGCAAUAUUUGCGCGUAAUGUUUCAAUCGGAGGGGGUUCCUGUUUACCAAACCAGUGUUACAUUGUACGCCUGAGUUUUGAAUGAGACAUUUGGAAACUGUAUCGACACGGAUGAAAGCUCACGAACAAGCUCCAAGAGCAGAAUACAUCUCAAACAUAUCCUCAAUGCGAAAUGAUACGACUAAUCGGCUUCAGGACACCAACAUCUUUAAUGGCAUUUAUGACAAGAAGGUGGAAAGUUUUAUUGGUCCUGAACGUGAUAGCAGUGGGUGGAUUCAUUACUUUUUGGGGCAAGUGUAAUAUACGUACAUCCAAAGGGAUUGGUCUGGAUGCUUUGGCUGAUGUGAGAAGACACACAGGUUUGAACAUCACUGGGCAAGACGCAAGCAUCACUCAUGAAAUUCUGUUAAGAAGACUAGGAUCCCUGGAAGACGUGGUGUACAGGCAACUGAACGGCUUAUCCAAAUCACUGGGACUCAUUGAAGGCUUUGGAGGUCGUGGUAGAGGAGGUCUGCCAGCAACCUUAACUCCAGCUGAAGAGAAAGAGGCCAAAUACCUAAAGGAGAAAUAUGGCUACAAUGCAUAUCUCAGUGACAAGAUAUCACUGGACAGAUCCAUCCCAGACUAUCGACCGAGCAAGUGCAGAAAGGUGUACUACCCAAGAGACCUUCCCCAGAUCUCGCUCAUCUUCAUCUUUGUGAACGAGGCGCUCUCUGUCAUCCUGCGCUCUGUCCACUCAGCCGUCAAUCACACACCGGCCCACCUCCUCAAGGAGAUCAUCCUGGUGGACGACAACAGCGAUGAAGAGCAAUUGAAAGGGCCGCUGGAGGAGUAUGUCAACAAGCGCUACCCGGGACUCGUCAAAAUCGUGCGCAAUCAGAAGAGAGAGGGGCUCAUCCGCGCCCGCAUCGAGGGCUGGAAAGUGGCCACCGGGGAGGUGACGGGCUUCUUUGAUGCCCACGUCGAGUUCACUCCCUCUUGGGCUGAACCGGUUCUGGCUAGAAUCAAGGAGGAUCGCAAGAGGAUCAUCCUGCCCUCCAUAGACAACAUCAAGUAUGAGACCUUUGAGCUGGAGCGCUAUGAGAACUCUGGCCACGGGUACAACUGGGAGCUGUGGUGCAUGUACAUCAGUCCUCCGAAGCAGUGGUGGGACGAAGGGGACACCACAGCGCCCAUCAGGACUCCUGCAAUGAUCGGAUGCUCGUUCGUUGUGAACCGCGACUACUUUGGAGAGCUGGGUUUGCUGGACUCUGGCAUGGAUGUCUACGGAGGAGAGAAUAUUGAGCUCGGAAUCAGGGUUUGGCUAUGUGGCGGCAGCAUGGAGGUGCUGCCUUGCUCCAGGGUGGCCCACAUUGCCAGAACCAAAAAGCCGUACCACAGCAAUAUCGCCUUCCACACCCGCCGCAACGCACUGCGGGUCGCAGAGGUCUGGAUGGACGAGUACAAAUCUAACGUCUACUUGGCCUGGAACCUCCCCAUGGAGAACCAUGGGAUUGAUUAUGGUGACAUAUCCCAGAGAGUGGCAAUUAGGAAAAGUCUUCAGUGCAAAAACUUUGAGUGGUACCUGGACAACAUCUACCCAGAGAUGAGGAGGUACAAUAGCACUCUGUUUUAUGGAGAGAUACGCAACAACAAUGUGACAAAUCUUUGUGUGGAUCAAGGUGAAAAGGAGAACCAUACAGCUACACUGCAUCCAUGUCAUGGGUGGGGUCCUCAGCUGGGUCGCUACACUAAGGAGGGCUAUCUGUUCCUGGGUCCACUGGGGAGCACUGGAGAGGACACACGCUGCGUCGUGGAUGACCGCGUCAGCAACUCUCCGCAGCUCCUCAACUGUGAGAAAAUCUCCAACAUGCAACAAAAGACAUGGAACUUCGCUCAGAACGAGGCGAUGGUGAACAGAGCCACAGGCCGCUGUCUGGAGGUGGUGCCGGCUAACGUGCUCUUCGGCUACAUGCUGGUGCUGAGGUCCUGCACCGGCCAGAGGUGGACCAUCAAGAACACAAUGAAGCAGUGAUCCAGCACAGCCAACCUACUCCUCAUCAGGAAGCACUGGAUAAGAGGGGGGACAAGUGUGGAUAGACUUGUUUGUAAACAAGCGCUGCUUUCAAGAAGAAAUGGUCGUUAUCUGUGGAUGCAGCUCGAUAAAGUACCAAAAAAGAAACAGCUAGAAAAAAAAAACAGUGCCCACGCUCACUCAACUGCUGUGAGUGCUGACAAACAUGCCAACAGGCGGGACCCCUUGGGCGGAGUUGAAAAACAAUGACUGCAACAACGAACAAUGACUUGCUAAACCAAAACAAGAUGUGCUUGUGGUUAUCAACCGAAAAAAAAUUCCCCUCAGGGAUAAAAUAUUUGUUCACUAUUACAUUUUUCAUUCGAUCAUUCAUCAAUGAAUUACAUUAAUCUACAAUAUAACCCAUUCUGCAAAUAUAGUGACCAUGGUGUAUUUAGGGCAUCCAUUUAUUGUGUAAGUGAGAUGUCAUAUUGCCGUUGCUGGGAAGCAUUUAUCAGUGUGCUUGGAAAAUAUAGGGUCUUUCUGUUCUAAGUAUUGCUUUGAAAUAUGGAUUCAUUGACUCCAUUGUGAUCAAAGUGUCCCCUUUUCUUUUGGUAUGAAAUGUGAAUCAUUUGAAGCAUUUAGUAGCACUACAGUAGCAUGCAAUGGUUAUUUGCACAUGGGAAAUUCUACAUGUAUCAAGAAAUUUUUGAUAUACCAGUGAGUGACACUGGAACUUGGUGUCAAUAAGGAAUAAAAAGCAAAAAAGAAAAAAAUCAGACUCAGAUAUUUAUCGCUAAAUGGAAGGAUUUAUGGAGGGGGACAUUGUGGGACAAUAUCACAUACUGUAAAGAUUAUUACAGAUUUGUAUUGUUUUAAAUGAGAUGUAUUGUAAGGUUAAAUAUUCAACUGUUUCCGUGUUCAAAGUUGGAAUUUCGAAUAUCGUCUUCCAUUUUGUAGUAGCAUCUCUUGGUUUGAAUAAAAUUCUGAAUUCUGUGGUA